AUGGAAGGGGCAAGCAGUGCACAGCAGCCUGGAAAGAAGAUCGUGUGGAAGCCUUACGUGGUGAAUGAGAUGGAAUAUGAGGCCAGCUUCCCUGAGAAGAAGUCGAACACGCUGUCACGAGACCUCAUUGACUACGUGCGAUACAUGAUACAGAACCACGGGGAGAACUACAAGGAAAUGGCUCGAGAUGAGAAGAACUACUAUCAGGAUACUCCCAAGCAGAUCAAGAGAAAGAUCAAUGUGUACAAGAACUUCUAUCCUGAGGAGUACAAGGAAUUCAUUGCGUCACUCAAGCCAGAAAAGAUGGAUGUGCAGUGA